AUGAUUAAUGCCAAAACUGUAGGCCCGGACCAAAAAUUUAAAUUUAAUUGUCAACAACAAAAUUAUAAUAACAUCAACGUUGUUAAUACCGUCGCUGCUAAUUCUAUUUAUAAUAAUUAUAUUACAUCAUCUCCCGCCGCCGCCGCUCCAAUAUCUCCACCGAGGAUCCACCUCGCGGUAAAACCAUUCCCGUGCGAAUUCUGCAACAAAGAAUUCAGUCGAAAAGACGCUUUGAAACGACAUAUGGUCGUCAAAGGAUGCGAUAAGAAAUCACAAGCAACUUCCUCCACUGGCGUCGCCACCAAUAAUAAUAGCAAUAAGACCGCUACUAGUAGCAAUGCAUCCAAACCCAAUAAAAAAUUAAAAAUAUCUUCGGCAUCGUCAAUUUCUUUAUCGACGAACAACAACAAAAAUACAUUCAACGGCAAUUAA